AUGGCGUUGCUGCGCAAAUUGUUCUAUCGGAAGCCGCCUGAUGGGCUUUUCGAGAUCUCUGAGCGAGUUUACGUUUUUGAUUGCUGCUUUACUACCGAUGCUUGGAAGGAAGAAAACUAUAAAGUUUACAUAGGUGGGAUAGUUGGUCAACUCCAAGAUCACCUACCUGAUGCUUCAUUCUUGGUGUUCAAUUUUCAUGAUGGAGUGGCACAAAGCCAGAUGGCCAGCAUCUUGUCUGAGUACGAUAUGACGAUAAUGGAUUACCCACGACACUUUGAAGGUUGUCCGGUGCUCACACUUGAGUUGAUCCAUCACUUUCUUAGAUCAAGUGAAAGUUGGCUAGCACUUGGGCAGCAUAAUGUGCUGUUGAUGCACUGUGAACGUGGAGGUUGGCCUGUUUUAGCUUUCAUGCUAGCUGCGCUCUUGAUUUACCGGAAACAGUAUAGUGGAGAGCAGAGGACGUUGGACAUGGUUUAUAGGCAGGCUCCCCAUGAGCUUUUGCAUUUUUUAUCACCGCUAAAUCCAAUCCCUUCUCAACUGAGGUAUCUACAAUACGUUUCGAGGAGGAAUGUAGCCUUGGAAUGGCCUCCUCUGGAUCGAGCGCUUACCUUGGACUGCGUCAUCUUUAGAUUUAUUCCUAAUUUUGAUGGGGAGGGUGGUUGCCGUCCUCUAUUUCGCAUUUAUGGACAGGACCCUUUUGUUGUUACUGAUCGAACUCCCAGAGUCUUAUACUCAACUCCAAAAAGAAGCCAUACCAUCCGGGCUUACAAGCAGGCAGAAUGUGAACUGGUUAAAAUUGACAUUAAUUGCCAUAUUCAAGGUGAUGUUGUGGUAGAGUGCAUUAGCUUACAUGAUGACACGGAACGUGAAGAGAUGAUGUUCCGCAUCAUGUUUAAUACAGCUUUUAUUAGGUCUAAUAUUUUGAUGCUCAACCGUGAUGAAAUUGACAUGUUGUGGGAUGCUAAGGAACAAUUUCCAAAGAACUUCAGAGUAGAGAUCCUUUUUUCAGAGAUGGAUGCUGCCAAGACUGCAUCCAUUAUUCUGGGUGGUAUUUCAUGCUUUGAGGAUAAAGAGGGCCUUCCAAUGGAAGCGUUUGCUCAAGUACAGGAGAUCUUUAACUAUGUGGAUUGGUUAGAUCCCAAGGUCGAUGCCACACUAAAUGCGCUACACCAAAUGGGUGCAUCAAACAUCGCCCAUGAAAAGUUGGACAAUGAUUCUUCCCAAAGUACUGGAAAUGACACUUCCUUGCAGGAAUCAAGUCCAAGAAAUAUCCAAAAGAAAAAGAAACAGUUAAAUCUAGAAAAUAAUUCUAAGACCCUUCUCUCCUUGGCUGAGGUGCAUCCAGUGGCCUCACCUUUGCAAUCUCCAGAUGCCACUGUGAGUAAACAGGAAGCCAAACCCCAAGACAUUCAUACUGCAAUUCAGCUACCCAGUCAAUGUGAUUCAGUAUCCCAGCAUAUACCCCAACCUUCUCAGUCAACCCCAAUGGGAGCAUUCGCUCAAGUUCAAGAGAUCUUUAACCAUGUGGCCUCACCUGCGCAGUCUCCAAGUACCACUGCGAGUAAACAGGAAGCUAAACCUCAAGACAUUCAUACCGCACUUCAGCCACCCAACAAAUGUGAUUCAGUAUGCCAGCAGAUGCCCCGACCUUCUCAGUCAACCCCAAUGGAAGCAUUCACUCAAGUUCAGGAGAUAUUUAGCCAUGUGGCCUCACAUAUGCAGUCUCCAGAUACUGCUGUGAGUAAACAGGAUGGUAAACCUGAAGACAUUCAUACUGCACUAGAGUCACCCAAUCAACAUGAUUCGGUGUGCCAGAAGAUGCCCCAACCUUCUCAAUCAACCCCCGUUUCCUCUAAUUCCAGGAAAGAUUUACCCGAGCCCACGCCAAAAUAUCAAAACACCUGCCAAGCUAGUGGCAUAAAACCUCUGUUAAAUGAUCAUGACUUUUCUGGGAGACAGGAAGUCUCCCAUUCAGUCACUGCAUAUCCUGCUGUCCCAGAUGCAACCUUGAAUGUUUCACGUGUACCCGAAUCUGCAGAAGUCAAUAGUGUCUCAAUUACAGCACCAACACCUUCAUCACCUCCUCCACUGAGACCUUCCAUGGCUACUUCUACUAUAAAAACUCUUUCUUCUCCUCCCCCACAGCAAGUGCCGCCAUCAGUUUCAAAACCUGAGGACUCAUCACUUUCCAAAGACUCUGAAACCUAUACACAGGAUGGAACCCAUCCAUCUAUUACUAGUCAUCCAGGUGCCCAUGGGAUGCCAAUCUCAGGUACCAUUUCUGGCAGUGUUUUACCUGAUCCACCAUCCGCUCCUCCACAUUCUCAAAUUACUACGUCAGCUCGGCCUCCUCCAACUCCUCCACCACCUCCUCCAACGCUGCCUUUGAAAGAGAACCUUGCUGAUGGAUCUGGACCUCCUCCACCUCCACCUCCUCCUCCUCCUACUCACUCAGGGCAAGCUGGAGGCACUACAAAUUCAUCUCCAGUGCCACCACCACCACCUACUGCUGCCACUGCAUCAGUUCCUUCUGCCCCCCCCUGCUCCACCUCCUUUUGUUCAAAAAAUAAUAAUGCAAAGAAACUGAAGCCAUUGCACUGGUUGAAACUAUCAAGAGCAGUUCAGGGAAGCUUAUGGGCUGAGGCACAAAAAUCUGGUGAAGCCUCCAAAGCUCCAGAGAUUGACAUAUCAGAGCUUGAGAAUCUUUUCUCAGCGGCAGUUCCAACUUCAGAUCAUGGCAGGAAAUCAACUACACAGGGUUCAGUUGCCCCUAAAUCGGAUAAAGUUCAACUGAUUGACCACAGACGUGCAUAUAACUGUGAAAUCAUGCUUUCAAAGGUGAAGGUUCCAUUGAAUGAGUUAAUGAAAUCAGUGCUUGCCCUGGAAGAUACAGCAUUGGAUGCUGACCAGGUUGAGAACCUCAUAAAGUUCUGUCCAACAAAAGAGGAGAUGGAACUGCUUAAGGGCUAUACUGGAGAAAAGGAGAAGUUAGGAAAAUGUGAACAGAUCAGGAAUUCUGUCAAAUUGAAAAGAAUUAUGCAGACAAUUCUUUCACUAGGAAAUGCUCUGAACCAGGGGACAGCUCGGGGCUCUGCUAUCGGAUUUAGGUUGGAUAGCCUUCUUAAACUCAUUGAGACUCGCGCAAGGAACCACAAGAUGACUCUUAUGCACUAUCUUUGUAAGGUACUCAUUGACCAACUACCAGAGGUUCUAGAUUUCUCUAAAGACCUAGCCAGCUUAGAACCUGCGUCAAAGAUACAAUUGAAAUUUUUGGCAGAGGAAAUGCAAGCUGUAAGUAAAGGAUUAGAGAAAGUUGUACAGGAACUAUCCACCUCAGAAAAUGAUGGUCCUAUAUCAGAAAAUUUCCGUAAGAUUCUAAAGGAGUUCCUCCGUUUUGCUGAAGCGGAAGUGAGGACUUUGGCUUCACUAUAUUCUACUGUGGGUAGAAAUGUGGAUGCACUGAUUCUUUAUUUUGGAGAGGAUCCUGCUCGCUGCCCUUUCGAACAAGUUGUCUCAACUUUGCUGAACUUUGUUAGAAUGUUCAUCAAAGCCCAUGACGAAAACUGCAAGCAGAGUGAGAUUGAAAAGAAGAAAGCAGCAGAAAGCGAGAAGCCCAAGAUGGGUGCUUCAAAGGAGUCUGAACGAUUGUCGCGUAAUCCAAUCAAGAGUGGCAAUACAUAA